AUGUCACAUUGGACGAGGGUGCUGAGCAGAGAUUUGUUAUCGGUGGUCAGACGUGGUUCGCCGUCGCCGGAUCAGCAUGUUUGCAGAACUGCCACUGGCCGAAAAACACUACAAAUGGCCUUUUAUGCCGCCGGAUGUCACGUGGGAUUUCGUACGUCAUCGUUUCAAUUGCAUGUCUCGAGAACGUUUUUGGAUUGCUUGCAGAGCGUGUCAGAGUUUAUCUCAAUAAUCGCUUGCUUGGUUGUCUCGGCUGCAUUUCGUGUCAUGCUCAGUAUUUUCAAUUGCAAUGGGGCGACUUGGCCGGCGGGGUUGAACGAGUACAAUGCCAUGCGUGCGGCGAAGGCAGCGAAAGACGUCCAGGCUGCGUCUGCUGAGCUAGUGGAUCGACUAUGCCAUUUUUUUGGCGAGGAGGUGACAGGGUUGCCGGCAAAAUUUGAUAGUCAGCUGCCCAGCGACAGCUUAGAUUGGUACAUGGAGUAUCUCAACACACAGGCACUCCCAAUACUACAUCGCGUGUUGCGUCUUCUGUGUUGCGAGCAGCCAGACAAUCCAUCUGGUGCAAUACUCCUGUCCAUGGCCAAACGUCUUUGUGAUGCGACCCUGCUCGCAGAGUUGCACUCUGUGCUUGGCGUCGAGUUUCAGGCCGGCAGGAGUUGGGGGGCUGCAGUCGGAAACGGCUUCCUCGCCGAGGUGGAGGAUGCCGAGGUGGCAGACAGCCCAGUCAUUCCGGUGCCGCCUCCGCAGCCGAAGCCGCAGGACAAGGGAAUUCCAGGGGAGGGUAGGGCUUCACCUUCGGGCUUUCGUCGUGUGGGGCCUGGCACGUGCCGCGGUUGUGGUUUUCUUGUUGUCCCAGCGAAGGCCUUGACGCCCAAUGUCCUUUCCACGUGCAUGCCAAAAACGAACACGAAUUCCACCUCCACAGGUCCGGACGCCAGUUGCAUACCAUCACACCUUCUGUGCAACUCGGGAUUGCGCUGCAUGUUCGCAGUAUGUUAUAUCUUCGAUGUCCAAUCCUUGCUGGCCAGCAUCGCAGUAAGUGACGGGUUGUAA